CUGAGGGAACAGGCGCCUUCGCUCACCCGCUUGUUCUUCACCUCAGCUCCCUGCCGCCGUGGCCACCCCCAGAAGAAGAAAUGGAAUAAAAAAAGCAUGGCGGGGUUCAGCAAGUUCCCCUCCUCCUUGCUGUGGAAGAAGGCUCAGUGGGUUUUAUUGAGUCAUUAUGAUGAAAUUAAGUUUAAGCCCAACCCAUCAAACAUCCCAGGACUUAACUUUUGAUUGGAUUGAGGUGGUAUCGUUCAACUGCCCUAUGCAACCACUACUCCUCGGAUUCCUGCCACCCGGAUGGCUCUGCAGAUCUUCGAUAUGAACUAUGGAACACAAUUUGGCAGCCUCUGGCCGUCUAUCCGCAUCAGCCUUCUGUCAGAACAGAAAUACGGAGCUCUUUUCAACAAUUUCUGUGAUGUAAAGCUGGUCACUCAGCAGUUAGAAGACCUGAAUGCAAUAGAUUUCAUCUGGGAAGCUCAAAACGCAGUAAAGGAUCUAGAUUCCAUGGCUGAACAAGGUGCAAGAGAGCAAGUUUUAUCCCCAGAAACUCAGACUGAACUUUGCGAGCCCCGAGACCAGCCUGUUUCUUUCAUCAGUCCCAACAUCAAGUGUUAUACAUUCCCCAGAGGGGAUAUCAGUCUUUUUCCUCAAGCUAAACCAGAUAUACUAGGAAUUCUGGGCUACUACCUCCUCAAUGCUGCAUCUGUCUUACCUGUCUUGGCUCUCAAUGUACAACCUGGUGAUUUAGUCCUUGACCUUUGUGCAGCACCAGGUGGGAAGACGCUGGCAAUUCUACAGACUGGAUGCUGUCGAGAACUGGCAGUCAAUGAUAUCUCUGCUUCUCGCAUUGACCGGCUGCAUAGGAUUCUCCACAGCUAUCUUCCUGAACAACUUAUCAAUAAAGUAAAGAUCACAAGAAAGGAUGGGAGAAAUUGGCGUGACCUGAAUGACACAUGUUAUGAUAGGGUGCUUGUGGAUGUGCCAUGCACCAAUGACCGACAAUCAUUGAAGGAAGAGGAAAACAGUAUCUUUAAGUAUGGACGAAAGGAGGAGCGUAAGAUGCUGCCGAUGCUUCAGCUACAGUUGCUUGUAGCUGGAAUCCUUGCUGCCAAGCCAGGAGGAGAAGUGGUGUACUCAACAUGCACCUUGUCGCAGCUCCAGAAUGAAUAUGUGGUUGAGGGAGCUGUGGAGUUAUUGAAAGUUGAGCAUGGUAUCACAGUACAGGUUGAAGACUUAAGCUAUUUUCGGAGGCUGUUCCAUAGCACAUUUUCCUUUUAUCAAGAUUGCAGACUUGGAGAGCUCGUCCUUCCUAAUCUAUCAGCUAACUUUGGACCCAUGUAUUUUUGCAAAUUGCAAAGGUUGAAUUAGAACAAACAGAACAUUGUGUGACAAAAGCGAGAUUACCUCCAACUUUCCAUUUUAGUGGAAUUUACAAGAAAACAUAUUAUCCUGUUUUCCUGACCACACCUGUUGACCUUUUUAUGUUACUUGAUCCUUGAGGGUUGCUACAAAAUAGCCUUCUACUGUAUAUUGUUAGUCCACAUAGAAAGAACUGGCAUUGAUGUGACUCCAACGUGGACAUUGGUCUACAUUUGUGAAUAUUUACAUGUGAGCAUCAACUAAGCUGGGGAUGGUCAGUCUUUCUUUGAAAGUUUUAUAAGCCAGAGAAGACAUAUCAAUGUGAUUGCUGCCAUGUAUGGGGAAGAGUAUUUUGUCAACAACAUGCUAUGAGUAAUACACCACUUGGUCUUUAGAAAUGUCAUUGAAGAAGUAGAAUGUUAAAAGCAUUCAAUAAAGUAUGGAAAUAAUUACCAGUUCACUAAUACA